UAUUGAUGUCCCAUGUAGGCAGUGCAGUCGCACCUUUCCACCAGCUCGCGGACAGUGCUCUCCUCCCUCCCUCCGUCAGUCAGCAGCACACGGACCUGUGUCCUCGCUCGUGUGUUCUGUCAGAAAGCUAAACACCGUCGGAGGCUUUCUUCUUCUUUUGCAAACUGCGAGUUUAAUACCGAGCCGGCUCAGUUUGCCUCCGACAGCGGCGGGACUUCUCUCCCGGUCACUCGUCACUUCACCUCGAGUCGUUCAAGUCUUUCCCAGAAUAUAAGCCUGAGAAGUGAAUGGUGUGAACAGUGCUGGAAUGCAACAGGAUUAUCAUCUGACCUUAACUCAGUGGAGGCGGACCAACCCGACCAUCAGAUCACACGUUUACACUACAAUGCCUUUGAGGUUAUAAUGUCUACGCUGCAGCACGUUAUUAUACAGGAUAAAGACCAGGACGUUGAGAAGAAGCUGGACUGGAGUUACAUUGAGUGGGUUGAAAAUGAAGUUGUCACUACAGGUGUGGCAAACGCAGAGACACAAACGGACUGUGGGACAUUUGAGCACAAGGAGUGUCAGACCAGCAGCCCAAUCAUAGUGCACAUAGAUCUCUCACGGACACACUCCAAGCUGAGACAUUCGUCCCUGGUGGACAAUGAUGGCUUGGUCGCACCUCUCUUCCAGUUUGACCGACAAGCCCCCGCACGCAUCUCCACGUCUCCCACCUUGAGGAGGAUGAGGAGCACCCGACGUCCUAUCCUACCGGAUUUCCGGGACCCUGUCAUGAUGAUGGGGAGCACUCAGGAGGAGCCUUCCCCCACAACCCCUCUGUCUCCAGUACACAGAGUCAAGUCUCCUCUCGCAGCCAGCCCCCUCUCUGAUGGAGAGAUCUAUCCCGAUCCUCAGCCCAUCUCAUCCUCAGUGCGACAGAGAACAAGAUCGCACAGAUCAAAGACUUUUGACAACGGCAUCACUUGUAAAAUACAAGAAUGUCGCAGUGCUCAUCCUACUGUGAUGCAAGAUUUUAGAUUUCCUGAAAGUGGAGCACAGGAGAUAGAGCUCUGCCACACUAGUUCCCUCAGGCUUCAGGAGAGGAGGCGCAGCUCCGUGGUGGUCAGCUUACCCGGAUCGGACGUUUCACCAGGAGACCUUUUUGUUUCCAAUGGAGCGGCUGACAUGUUAAACGACUCAUUCUCUGAUACAAAGAAGUCAAAGUGGCCCUUUUCGCGGCGAAGCACGACUAAAGGAAAGUCGAAGACAGGCACGGCAGCAGAUAUUGAAAACUAUCUGUCAACAUCACAGAUUCAGGACUGGAGGAACCAUGACAUGCAGAGGUAUAAGGAAUACUCUCUGGCAGAGUUCCUGCAGGACCAUUCCUCCCAGGUGAGCGCGUCCUCUGACCCUCAGCGCUUCAAAAGACAAGAGGCCAUCUUGGAACUCUUCACCAGCGAGUGCGUUUACUUCCUGGAUCAGCUCAUGGUUCUGAAAGAGGUGUUUCUGGCUACACUCACAAACCUUCAGAUGACGAACUGCCUGGCCGACAUCGAGUCCUGGAGGCUGUUUGCAAACCUCAAUGAGCUCUGCCUGGUGAGCUUUGGUUUCCUGAACAACCUCCUCCGCGCCAUCAAGGACACGUUUGAGAUCACAGAGGCUGGCGGGCCCACCCUGCUGGAGCUGCUGAGCAAGGCUUUCCAGGAGAGCGUUUGUCACUGCCUGCAGAAGUACUGCCUCAACUACUCCACGGCUCUGCUUUAUCUGGACAGCCUGAAGCCCCGAGAGGACUUUGGAUCCUACGUGAAGUGGUGCGAGAGGAACGAACAGUGCCGCAGGCUGCAGCUCCGCGACCUGUUGGUGGCGCCGCUGCAGAGGCUGACUCGGUACCCGCUGCUGUUGAGGAACAUCGCCAAGAGAUGCCAGAUGGAGGACGAGACCAGAGGCCUGCAGGUUAUAGCAGAGCAAGUGGACACUUCCAUAUGUGACUUGGAGGGAAAGGUGAAAUGGCUGGAUAACUACCAGAAGGUGAAACAGCUGAGAGACGCCCUCGUGUGGCUGCCUGUGUGGGAGAGAGACAAGCGCGCCUUCGUCCCUGAGAAUCUGAAACAUCUCUUAAAGGCUGUCACUCUGGAGAAUCUCAUUUCUCACAGAAGCCUCCUGCACGACGGGAAGAUGCUGCUCACAGAGAACACAAAGCUGCACGAUGUUUAUCUGUUCCUGUUUGACGAAUUCCUGCUGAUCACAAAGAUAAAGAGAAACAAGAAGCGGUCCGUGGGCCCGGAGCAGAACCCCCUCAGGCUGCCUCAGAGCCUGGAGCUGGACCAGCUCCUGAAGGAGGGCUGCACCUUCACGGUCCUGGACCAGCCCGUCUCUCUGGACCGGCUGCAGCUCAAGAACGUUGAUCAGCUCAAUGCCUCGACGUCGGGGCUGCCUCACUCUUUCAUCAUCAUGCACCAGAACCGCUACCAACAGUGUAUCGGAGCGUUCAUCCUGCAAGCUGCCUCCGAGGCUGCCAAGAAAACCUGGAUGUCGAAGAUAGAGGGCGCUGUGGAGGCGCUGCUGAAGCUGGACUCUCAGCGUCCGCGCGGGAAGAGCGCCGCCCUGUGGCUGGAGUCCUCACAGAUCUGAGACAUAGGAAAUGUCUCUACUGUCAAUGUGCACUUCACUGUCUCCUGACGUCUUGUAAAUUACCGUAUUACCACUAGGAUCAUUUUGUAAAUUGAAUGUCUGGCUUUAAAGGCAGCGGCUGCAGUAGUUUACAAUAAAUAUCAAAUUAUGUA